ACUGUGUGAUCUGUGACUAGCAUUUGAACUACUCUCAUCAGUACGCUCAGCAUUUUUAUAACCUGUGGAGUUAACCUCACAAAUGCCACAUUUUGUAAACAUAAACCCAAAGCCCUUUAAUUUAGCUCCAAUAUGGUAAAAAUGGAGAAGAAAAAAUUUAAUUGGAAGGCUCGCCGAAUAGUCAAUACUGUCAUAGAUGAAUCGUCGAUGAAAAAUAUACACAUCGAUUUAGACGUCCGGGGCCACUAUGAUCAAAGUAAUCAACUUGUUUUACCUUCUGCCAAACGUAAAACGAAAAUCAAAGACGACAAACCCAAAUCGACUAGGAUAUUGUCUAGCAAGCACCGUAAACGGCUAGAGAAAAUAGUUGAUAAGAAAAAAAAGAAAGAGAAUCGCGCCAGCUUGCUUGAAUCGCUUCAAAAAGUGCAGGCGAGCUCCGAGGAACUCUCUCAGUUGACUUCGAUUGUUUCGGUGCAGACCAAAGGCCUGAAACGUCAGUUUAGAGAGGAACGGGAGCCGGGAAAAUUCGUCGCUCGCGAAAUCGUGCCAGAGGUGAAGAAGUUAAACAGCUUGUCCGGCGCUUAUCGGAAAAAAUUAUUACGCAAUUUCGGUGAGACUGAGCCCAAGAAAUUACGGUUAAACGACCCGAACGUACUUGGCUUUGAAAGUGACAGUGACAGUGCGAGUGAAGCUGACGCUUCUGAAGUGCAAGAUGAAGACUGCGGUAACGAAACUAAAGAAAUUAAAGCGGAGGUUAUGGGGGACGUGAAAGAAGAGGUUGUAGUGAUCGAAAAAAGGGCAGAGGUUAUUGAAAUAAAAGACUCGGAGUCGAGAAAAGUUGAACGGAAGCCGGCGGUGUACGUGGAUGUGAUACGGAGCGCUGAAGUGCAGGCUGCCCGGUUCAAAUUACCCAUUUUGGCAGAGGAGCAGCAGAUAAUGGAGGUGAUUAAUGAAAAUCAGAUCGUAAUAAUAGCAGGUGAGACUGGCAGCGGUAAGACGACGCAAGUGCCACAAUUUUUAUAUGAAGCUGGUUACGCCAUCAACAAGCAGAUUGGAGUCACCGAACCUCGCAGGGUGGCGGCCAUUUCUAUGUCAAAACGUGUAGCUGAAGAGAUGAACCUGAGCACGCGGGAGGUGUCGUAUUUGAUUCGGUUCGAGGGCAAUGCCACAGAAGACACAAAAAUCAAAUUCAUGACAGACGGCGUUUUGCUGAAGGAAAUGCAGUCAGAUUUUUUGCUUAAGAAGUACUCAGUGAUUAUUUUAGAUGAGGCCCAUGAACGGUCAGUUUACACUGAUAUAUUGAUCGGGUUCUUAUCAAGAGUAGUACCUUUGCGCCACAAGAAAGGUGAUCCAUUAAAACUUAUCAUUAUGUCUGCCACUUUGAAGUUAGAAGAUUUCACGGCGAACGCGAGGCUGUUUAAGGUGGCGCCACCGGUGGUAGUUGUGGAAACUAGACAGUUUCCAGUUACAAUACACUUUAACAAGCGCACCAACGACGACUAUGUUAAAGAGGCAUUCGGAAAGGCGGUGAAAAUACACACAAAGCUCCCGGAGGGUGGAGUUUUGAUUUUCGUCACAGGUCAGCGCGAGGUGAACAGUUUAGUGAAGAAGUUGAGGAGGGCGUUCCCGCUGAAGCAUAAAGCUGGGUGUUUGCGCGUGGGUGACGGCGAUAAGGAUUCACACGAACAGGAUGUCAAUUUUGAUGAAGCGCGGCCUUUAUUCUGCGGUCUUGGUGCAGACGACCAACCGUCGCGUCGUAAGAAACGCAAAAAGGUGAAAAUCGUGCCCGACAUCGACCUCGACGACUACGACGUCCCUAACGAUGCCGAGCCUGAUUCCGACGCGGAUGACGUCGACUUCUCCGACGAGGAGGAGCCGGAGGAGCAACGAGCAGCGGUGUUCCGUAACGCGCAGCCGUUGUGGACGCUGCCGCUCUUCUCGAUGCUACCGCCCCAUAAACAGGCCAAGGUAUUCGAAGUUCCGCCCGCUGGUUGCCGUUUGUGCGUUGUCAGCACCAACGUGGCCGAGACGUCGCUGACGAUCCCAAACGUCAAAUACGUGAUAGACUGCGGCAAGACGAAGCUCAAGUUGUACGACAAGGUGACCGGCCUGACCGCCCACGCUAUCCAUUGGACGAGCAAAGCAUCGGCCGACCAGAGGGCGGGGCGUGCGGGCCGGACCGCCCCCGGUCACUGCUAUCGUCUCUAUUCCAGCGCCGUCUACAACGACGCGUUCCCAGACUACGCGACGCCCGAGAUCCAGCUCAAGCCCGUCGACGAUCUUUAUCUGUUGAUGCGGCGCAUGCGCAUCGAAAAAAUCGUCAAUUUUCCGUUUCUAACCGCGCCAGAUCUGAUGCAGCUGCGUGGUGCCGAACGCCGUCUCGAGAUCUUAGGCGCCCUGAGCGGUGGACAGCUGACACCCCUGGGCGAGGCCAUUUCCCGAUUUCCGGUGUUGCCCCGUUUUGGCAAGAUGCUCGCUCUCAGCCACCAGCACAACCUCAGCCCAUACACCGUGUGUUUGGUGGCCGCGCUCUCCGUCCCAGAAGUGCUCCUCGAGGUACCCCUGACACCCAAGGAAGAUGCGAAGGAGACGCGUCAGCGUUGGGCGGCGACAAGGGCCAAGUGGGCGGGCCACGGUCACUCUCUCCUCCUCGGCGACAACAUGGUACUCUUAAAGGCCGUAGGCGCGGCCGAACACGCCCACUCCCGAGGGCGGCUUCGCGAGUUCUGCGACGAGCACGGCCUGCGGCACAAGGCGGUCGCGGAAAUCAGAAAACUCCGUUUACAACUGACGUCCGAGAUAAAUCGGAACGUGCCGGGGGCGGAAGCGGUGGUCGAUCCGCGGCUGGAGCCGCCCACUGAACUUCAAGCCAAGCUACUGCGGCAGAUCUUGCUGUCCGGCAUGGGGGAUCAGGUGGCGCGGAAGGUGGCACUCGAGGAGGUCGCCGACCGCGAGGACAAAGCGAGGUUCAAGUACGCUUACAAAGCGAACGACAUGGAGGAGCCGGUUUUCCUCCACCAGGGUUCGGUGCUUCGGAAAGCGUUGCCGGAGUUUGUGGUCUAUCAGGAAAUCUACGAGACGAACCGGAUCUACAUGAGGGGCGUGACCGCAGUCGAGCCGGAAUGGUUGCCCACCUACGUGCCGCACCUAUGCAACCUGACGGAUCCGUUGCCGGACCCGCCUCCUUUUUACGACUCCCGGACCGGUCGGGUGCGUUGCACCGUGACCGGGACGUUCGGGAAACAGGCGUGGCCGCUGCCCCAUAUCGAAGUCGCGCAUCCCGAGACGGUCGACGCGUUCAAAUGGUUCGGCAAUUUUUUGCUCGACGGCAAGGUGUUUGGAGCAUUGGCCAAGUACAAGGACGCAUUGCUGAGCCAACCUGGAGUCAUGGUGAAAACGUGGGCGAGACUGCAGCCCCGUACCGAAGCCCUACUUAAAGCGCUCGUCGCGGAACGGUGCUGCAGCAGAGACCGUCUAAUCGAAGUGUGGCGGACGAACCCGAAAUACUUACUUCCGGAGUACUUGAAAUGGCUGCCCGAGUCCGCGCACUCCCAGGUGGUCCUGCUGUGGCCCCCGUCGGAAUAGGGAUUCGCCGGGGAAUAAAUAUGUUG